GAAAUUUUGACAUGAAAUAAAAAUAAUAAAUGUGUUCCAAUUCAUGGUUUCUUCAGUUUUUAUUUUCUUUCAAUACAUUUCGAAAUUCAGCCAAUGGAAUUUUUAUUAAUUUGAAUUAGUACAUAAAAAAAUAAGGUAUGGAAUAUUUUCCACUUUGAAAUUAUUAUUUAUUAUUGUAUGCAGGUACCAAGGAAAGGCUUGUGAAAAAUCAAGUUUUUUAUUUCUGCUUUGUCACUGUGACUGACUGCAAAAAAAUAAGUUAUGUCCUUAAAACCAAGGAGAGUAGAUUUCAACGCCACUUGGGGUGCCAUUCGAGACACCAUCAAAGGAGUUAUCACCCUGGACCAUGUGGCAAGACCUGUUUGGAAUGAUAGAUUCUCAGAUGUUUAUUCACUCUGUGUGGCACAUCCAGAACCAAUGGCUGAUAGGUUGUAUGCUGAAACUAAACAGUAUCUAAUAGAUCAUGUUGCUAAAUUAUUAGAUAAGGUAUUAGAAGAAGGGGAACAAAAUUUGGUGAAAAACUAUUUUCUUUAUUGGUCUCAAUAUUCUGUGGGUAGUAGAUAUCUGCAUAGUUUAUAUCUUUACUUGAAUCAGCAGCAUAUCAAAACUCAGAAAUUGUCUGAUGCUGAAAUUAUAUAUGGAAGCCCAGAUUCUAGUGGUGGUGAACAAAUGGAAAUUGGAGAACUAGCAUUAGAAGUUUGGCAAAGUGGUAUGAUAGCACCAUUGGGGCAGAGAUUAGUAAAAUUACUUUUGGAAACAAUUGAUCAGGACAGGGCACAACAGCCAUUAAGUAUACCUAUUGAGGCUGUGAGGGGCACAAUCCUAAGUUUUGUAGAGGUUCAAGGAUACAAAAAAAAAGGUCAUCUUCAAUUAUAUCAAGAACUCUUUGAGGAGCCAUUUCUUGAUGCUAGUGGAGAGCAUUUCAAAAGAGAUGCUGCAAGGCUCCUACAAGAAAAGGAUGUCAGUUUAUACAUGGAAAGAGUCAAAGGAAAGAUUGAGGAGGAAUUAUUUAGAGCUAGACGAUUCUUGCAUUACAGUUCACUACCAAAAGUUUCAAAUAGAUGUGAAACACACAUGGUAGCUGAGCAUUUACAAUUUCUAUAUAGUGAAUGUAUGAAUAUGGUGCAAGGAGAACAAAGAAAAGAUCUGUCAAACAUGUAUGAUCUACUCAAGAGUGUUCAGAAUGCUAUGGUAGUUUUGGUUGGUACAGUUCUUGAUCAUAUCAAAACACAAGGCCUAGCUGCUAUAGGCGAUUUACAAGGAGAAAACAUCCAUAUAAACUUUGUAGAGAACUUACUGGCAGUGUACAAAAAGUACAAACAAUUGAUUCAAGAUGUUUUCAAGUCUGACCAGAAUUUUAUGGGUGCUCUUGAUAAGGCCUGCAGCUUAGUAAUAAAUCAUAGGCCUAACCAGGGUAGGUCACCAUGUAGGAGCCCUGAACUACUAGCAAAAUAUUGUGAUACUCUGCUUAAGAAAUCAAGUAAAGGAAUUAGUGAAUCUGAGGUGGAAGAAAAACUCUCAGAGAGCAUAAUUAUUUUCAAAUACAUAGAUGACAAAGACAUUUUCCAGAAAUUCUACUCUCGAAUGUUAGCAAAGAGACUGAUACACCAACAGACUCAAAGUAUGGAUGCAGAAGAAGCAAUGAUCAACAGGCUUAAGCAGGCUUGUGGCUAUGAAUUUACCAGCAAACUACACAGGAUGUUCACAGAUAUGUCAGUUAGUACUGAUCUGAAUAUCAAGUUCAGUUCUGUUCUGAAACAGAAUAACAGCGAUUUGGGCAUCAAUUUCAGCAUAUAUGUGUUACAAGCUGGGGCUUGGCCACUAGGUCAAGCUGUAGUCACUCCUUUUGCAUUACCCCAGCAACUCGAGAAAAGCGUUCAAGAGUUUGAACAGUUUUAUCAUCAGAAGUUUAACGGAAGGAAACUGACGUGGUUACAUCAUUUGUGCCAGGCCGAGCUCAAAUUAGGAUACCUCAAGAAACCUUACGUUGUCACCGUUCAAACCUUUCAGAUGGCCAUACUACUGCUCUUUGAGAAUACGAAUUCUUUGACUUGCAAAGAAAUCAGGGAGACCCUUCAACUGAACCACGAGCAGUUCCAUAGGCAUACUGUUAGUCUCAUCGAUUCUAAAUUAUUGUUAGCAGAUUCAGAGGAGCUUACACCCGAAGUAUCACUGAGACUCAACCUAGAUUAUUCAAAUAAAAGAACAAAAUUCAGAAUAACGGCUGCUGUCCAAAAAGAAAUGCCUCAUGAAGUUGAACAGACCAUCAAUUCUGUGGAAGAAGAUAGAAAAAUGUAUCUGCAGGCUGCCAUUGUUAGGAUAAUGAAAUCAAGGAAAGUUCUGAAACACAACCUGCUAAUUCAAGAGGUAUAUGCACAGUCCAAGGUAUCAUUUGCACCUAGCAUCCAGCUGAUCAAGAAGUGCAUUGAAUCAUUGAUUGAUAAACAGUAUAUUGAACGAACGCCGCAUUCUAGUGAAGAAUACAGUUAUGUAGCUUAAUAUUUGGAGGCAAAAAUGUUCAUAAUAAUGCUUCCGUUUCAGGAGUAGUUAUUAUAAGUUUGUGCCUCCAGAUCUAAUGCUUUCUGAUUAUUUAUUUAAUUUAUGUCAAAAGCCUUUAGGUUUGCUUUUGUUGACUUUUGGGGGUACAUUUUGAAAGUAUAUUUUGUAAAUAGUUAUAACACAUAAGGAAUGUUCUACAGUUUUGGAGAUUAUACAAACUUUUUGGCUCAUAAAAUAUUAUCAUACUUGGUGAUUUCAAGAUUAUGAUGAAUAGCUUAAUUUUACAUUAUGUAACAUUGUUGGACUUGAUUGUAAUAUACUGAAUUUGUAAAUAAGUUUAACAUAAUUUCCUUAUAUUAGUUACUGUUUUCUAAUAUAUGAAUGUCAUGGAAUAA